AUAAACAACCCAUAAUAAGACCACCUAAGACCUCAUACUUCACUUCAAACUGCAUAGAGUAAUAAUGGGUUUCCCUUUUCCUACAAUGUUCUUGCUUCCAUUCUCACUUCCUCAACCAUAGUAUUACUUGAGUCACUUUGGUCUUGAAAAGCAACACUGACCAAAAGCUUGAGAAAAUCCCACUUGGGAUUUGUCAUCAACAAGGUAUAAAAUAUAGGGUCUGCUUGAAGAAUAUAGACUGAUGUUGAUGAAUUUGGUCAAUAUGAUCAUAUAAAUCUUCAAUGGCUAAAAAGAACAGGUGCUGGUUUGGUUGGGUGAGGAGGCUCUUUACUUCCGAGGUGAAGAUGAAACUAGAAAAAAAAUCAAAGAAGCGGAGAUGGCUUUUAGAAAAGGUUAAAUAUAAGCAGUACCCUGCACUCACAGCACCACAGAUAACACUAAUUGAAGCAACAGAAGAGCAGAGAAAGCAUGCUUUGACUGUUGCCAUAGCAACAGCAGCUGCAGCUGAGGCUGCAGUGGCUGCUGCCCAUGCUGCAGCUGAGGUUGUCCGACUUACAAGCGCAUCUCAAUCUUGCCAGCAUUUCAUACAGCAAGAUAGAAACUUAGCUGCCAUUAAAAUUCAAAGUGCUUACCGUGCACAUCUUGCAAGGAAAGCAUUCAGAGCAUUGAAAGGAUUAGUAAGACUUCAAGCCAUAGCACGUGGACGUGCUGUGAGACGCCAAGCAGUCACAUCAAAGUGCUUGCCACCCGAUGCAAAAAGACAGGCAGAGGUCCAGGAAAGGAGUAUUCCUACUCCAGAUGAAACCUGUAAAGAUUGUGAUAAGAAACAGUCUAUCAGGGAAAAAAAGGAAUUAGAAGAGGACUUAAAGCUUGAAGGCAGCAGUGAAAGAAACUGGGAUCACAGCAUACUUUCAAAGGAAGACAUGGAAGCCAUAUGGUUAAGAAAGCAAGAGGCCAUUAUCAAAAGAGAGCGCAUGAAGAAAUAUUCAUUUUCACACAGGGAGAGGAGAAAUACUCAUAUGCUGGAAGAAUCAGAUGACAACAAGGAAUUUGGAAGAAAUAGCUGCCAGCUAGAACAAUGGAUGGAAAAAGAGGCUUGGAAUAGGGAAGGACUAGAUACUUUUAAUCCCACAGUGCUCAUUCUGGGUGAAAGGCAUGGAAGAACACAACUUAAACCAAGAAAUGAACAAAAGCUAGAUUCUCUUGGACUGGAUUCACAAUGGUCAUUCCCACGGAGAUCUUUCUGUCAUGCAAAACAGAAUUCAGCUGGUAAUAACAGUUUGAUGCCAAAUUCUCCUAUUUUUCCUACUUACCUGAGUGCAACAGAAUCUGUCAAGGCAAAAACAAGGUCUUUAAGCACACCAAAGCAACGGAUGGGAUACCUGGACAGUUGCUUUGAUCACACUUUCAAAGAUGGGCUAUCCUUUUGGUCUUCUUUUGAUAGUGAACCCAUUAGUACCAUCAGAAAGAGAGGUGUUCCUCAGCAGAUAUCUUUAAGCAUGAAUAGCAAUUAGUGACCUUGAUAUGCAUCAACUUUACUCCUCAAUAUAAAGCAAUAAAUUCAGUCAAUGGGGGCUCCCGAAGAUACUCAAUUUAGUGGACGUAGCACAAUACGCCUAAGUUUGAAUCAGUGAUAGCAGGUCCUUAUUUUUGGUGGAAUUUUGCUUGUUCAUUCACUGGUUCUAAAAAGACGCUAAAAAACUUCAAGUUAAGAUUAUGUGAAGCUUGUGAAGAAAUUUAUUGUUGUAAUUACCCUUUUGUCAACCCUUCAAAUCUCUUAUUGAAGAAAGAACUUUGACAGGCUUUCAGAAUUUGUUGUUUCUGGUAGAAGCCAUUUAAUCUCUCUCUUUUGUUGUUGUUGUUAUUGUUAUAUUGUUUUCCCUUAUUAUUGCUAUUUUC